GAGCUGCUUCUUCAGUUGACUUCCUCAGUGGGACAGAGACCAUGGCGGCGGCGGCUGCCUGCGGUCAACACACCGCGGCGAUAACGGCCGGUAAAAAACCGCACACCGUCCGGGAACACAGCCGGAGAAGUCGGGAGAACUCUCGCCGGAGACAAGCCGCUCUUUUGUUCCUCAGUAACAUCUCUCUGGACGGACGGCCGGUUCAGACUACCGCCGCUGAGAACGCAGGGAACCGUCAUCACAGAGACACCGACUUAGAAGGAGCCGAGCCCGGCUUAGCAGCAGGGUCCAGGCUGACCCCGGAGCUGGGUGUUAAUAACAGCUACGGGACGUUCUCCAGUGCGAUCACAGCACCGAAAACAACACUCCUGAACAUCCCGCCUAUCCUCGUCCUGCCCUCGGACACGGGCUACAACGAUGGGAGCGGAGCGGAGGGGCUCCUGGACUGCCGCAGAGGCUCGUUCCCCUCACCGGGGAACAGCAACCUGCUCUCGCCGUCUCCGUCCAACACCAGCCUGCUACCGUCUCCACUCGGACCGCGGAAGUCCUCGACACUGCUGUCAGUUCAGAGCUGUAACUCGGUGUCCUCAGAGCCGAGGCAGAGGUUAGAAACACACUGUUGGGUUUGUGUUGUUGUUGACAUUAUAGUGUUUGUGGUUUGAAACACGGACGUGACCAGAGAUUUUUAAUAGGGUGGCCCAACAGGGGCUCUGACUUAAGGCAUGUGCACAGGGGCAAUGAUACCCAGCGUUUGUUUACAUAUUCUGCCUUCACUAUUUAUAUCCACAUUCAAUACUUACCUUUAAGUAUCAUACAGAUAGGGGAGAGUGGGGUAAGUUGAACCACCCCCUGUUGCUUGGAAAUGGUAAAAUAAUUGAUCAUGUGACCAAAUAUUUUGGAGAUGGGCAUCAAUUCAUGGAGUCUGUGAAGGUUCGAAGCACAUGGGCAUUUGACAUUUAUUUUGACACAUGUUUUAUUAGAAUUGUGUUCAAACCAAAAAAGAUCAUUUUAAAUUUGUUUUAUACAUCAAUCGUGGUAUCUAAGCGCUCCAACAUGAGGUCAAAAACCAUCAAAGUCCACCAUUUUAGCUCAGAGGACUAAUAAAUUCAUGAUUGUAGUUCUGGGGUAACUCUCAAAAAUACAGCUGUGAAUGUGAAGAAGUGAGAGUGGAAGGGUAGUAGGGAUACGGCUCAACUUACCCCGCUCAUAUGGUCAACUUACCCCACACACGGGUUAAGUUGACCAUAGGAGACCACUUUGUUUUUGUCCUGCUAUAUUAUCAAGACACUUCUGUUUACACUCUUUCUGUUGGUUUGCAGGGAUGAACAACAUCCUGAAAUAUCUGCAGAUACACGAGUUAGAGACAAAACUAUGAUGUAGUGACCCGAUAUAUAAGAAAUGUCUCAUCUUACCCCACUCUCCCCUACAGAUCACAUAUUAAUGUGAGUAUUUAAACUGUGAGCACACUCUGUGGAAGUUUCAGAGAAAUGUAUGAUCUUAUUAUUCCACUAAAUCCACUUACGAAGUUUCAAGUGUGUCACAGGUGGUGAUGCAAGAUUUCCCUGUUUAUAUAGUCCCCCACCUGGAUGUGAGACUGGACUCGGAGCAGUCUCUGUGGGUCUGUAGAUAUACUGAGUCAUGUCUCACUGCCUACACCUGCGUUCUGCAGGUGAAGGAGAGAUUUCAUAAGAAAUAUGACUAAUGUCUGCUGACAUUAGGAGGCGCGGUAUGGAUUAUUUGCUCCUUUAUUCAUUAGCUACGUGAACAUUUCUGGUAUUUUUCUUUGUCAUGCGAAACAUGACUCAGUCGGCUAAUUACAGGAACUGUUAAACCACUUGUUCUGAUACCUAGAUACACGAUGAUGUUUAUCGUUCACUCAGUUUGUUGUUGUUUUACUCACUCUGAUCAAAUGCUGUGGAUUCAAAUGAAGAAUUAUUGCAAUUUUAACUUAAAAAUAGUUGAUCCAGCAUUAAACUUAUUGAACUAGAUAUUUUUUCAGUGUAGAAAAUAGUUUAAAGUCUUUGGGUGCAUUUUUAAUCUCAUAGUAAAGUUCAGUUUGAAGGUUGUAGCACGCUGGCGUAGCUGGGGGUUUUCUGGAGGGGAAGUGGACCUGGGGGAGGGUUAAAAACCGCAAAGAGACAACAUGAAGUUGAGCUGCACGCCACGGCACAGUAACCUAGAAUCGUUUUAAUUUGCGCAUUAACUCUUUGGACUCUGGAUUACUCUAAUCUGACUUUGUGAAGAGAGGGAGACAUUCUGACAAACAAACAAACUGAAUUUCCUCCCAGCUGUGUGACUGUGGUUUUAGAAGGAAGUGAGUGACAGUUUGUGUGAACGCGUAUGUGUGUAUCUUACUCAUCUGGCAGUGUUUGAGUCGCGGUGGGCCGGUGUGUGGCUGCUGAUGGAUGGCUCGGCUUCGUCACCGUGUUGGCAGCAGAUCAAAACCCAGAGAAUGUCAGCCCUGCGGCGAUAAACACUGCUUAACCCAUUUACACCUAACAACAGGCGGGAAAUUAGCAGCAGAUAACAGCUCAUCAGUCAGACUGCAGCGGCAGACUCCUGCUGACAUCCACAGCUCCUGCUAACACUUAAUUUUGUUUAUGCAGUGCUGCACAAACAGGGUGUUAUUGUACUUCAAGCCUGGUGAAAUUUACACUCCUGAUAUGCUUUUUGUUUUAAUUUUUGAUUUAGCUCCUGGUUCUGCAGAGCUGCUGCGAACAGCUGUGGCUGGAGGCGGGAUAUUUGCAGGUUGUCCAUCUGUGUCUUAGUAAAUGUGGCACCUCGUCCUCCGCCUCGGGGAUGAAAUAUAAUGUUUCUUUGGUGAGCUAAAUGUCAAGAUCACUGUGAUUUAUCCCAAACAUUUUCGGUCAUAACUGGAGAAUAAUGAAACAUCAGCACUUUUCAGAAAUGUUCUCCUCACUUUCUAGGCGGAUAUUUUCAGAAUCAGAGUCACUCAUGCACCUCAGAGUAGGAGAUAAUCUGUGUCGGACGUGCUCUCACGAUUUUCAGCACUUCAUCUGGUUCUAGUGAGGGUAGCACAUGCAGAGGGAGGAGGAAGGUGACUAUAAUGGUGGAGUGUCUGUGUCUUCAAGGCCGGGGGAUACAAGCAGCAGGUGUUUUCUGCAGAAAUCUUAAAGCUCCUGUAAGGAACUUUAGGUUUGCAUCAACUUUGGCGCCCCCUAGACUUUGCUUAUCUUGACCUCUGUGUGCUUAAAGGUGGGGUAGUCAGGAUCUGAGGAAGUUCCAGUUUUUGGGAGAAAUCUUGAAUGUAAACUCUACCCCUCCCAACCAGUUUUCCCCUCAGCUCCUCCUCUCAAGCCCCGCCCACAAACAGACGCUCCUGCUCGCUCGUAUCGUUCCAAUUAAAUUCAGAUAUAAUGCAGAUAUAAUGAUUGACUGAUGUCCCUCAAAAAGAUCUCCACCUCCUCGUUCUUGUCUGUGCCGUUAGGAGCAGCUGUUGUGUUUGGAGACCUAUUGCAGAGUCCGUUCACCUCUACCUGGCGAUAUGAAUGUUUGAGACGAUCACCUGCUGCUGUCAGGCGAAGAUCCGGGUAGAUCCGUGGUGAAAAGUCAGCGUUUGUUCGCACAUUCAGCCUACCAAAGUCAGUGUGGUGCAUCUGUAAAAGAAGCAGUUUUUUCACACCGAUGACUGAUGGUGACGUCUAACACAGAAAGGUCAAAGAUGAACGUCACUACCACAUGUCAUAUAAAAAUCAUCUGAGUGCGCUACAUCAGGGACGCCUGAGAGGUAGAUCUUCAAACAUGACACAAAUAACCGCUCAGGGCGACGCAAAGGUCAAGGUCACCGUGAUCACACAUGAGAAGAGCGCAGGAUGUUAACAAAGCCGGGACAAAAUUUAACCACAUUUUUUCAUCCUGUGAUCUGAAGAACAAUCCCGCCCGUGAACAAUGAGUGCGUGAUUUCCCUUCGUGCUCCUGAUUGUUCUCCUGAAACAAGAGGGAGCGAGCGGCGUCUCUCGUCGUUUUGUCUCAGACUCUUUGUUAAACGUCGCUCAGUAAUGAUGUGCUUUCAUUAAUUGUGGCGCCUUUUGAAUUCCUAAUGUCCAAGAUAGUCGGGCUUUGGCGUUCCACACUCACAUGGAAGGUUCUGGAGCCCUCAAAUAACCCCAAUAUAUAACUACAUCAUACUAAAUACAACCAUCAAGCUGCUUAAUCGUCUACUUAAAUUUUAACUAUCAAUUGUUGAGAUGGUGACGUUUAAGUCUAAAUGACCGUCUGAACGAACGUGUGAACGCUCGGUCUGUUUCUGUUGGCGGCAGUGGAUGAGUCUUAAAGCAGCUUCCUCCUCACCUACACUCUUCCUGUUGUAAUAAAGUCUGAUACCGCCGUCUGUCACGCUCUGUUUGGUCUCAGUGUGUGAAGUCGUGCCAACCAGCUAACCAGCCAGCCAACGUCUUCAUUAGCCUUCACACACAGAGACGCACUUUAAUACACAGGAUCUCUGCUGAAUGGAUAAAAAACAAUAUGAAGCUUUAUUUUAAUCAGAUCAACCAGUCAGGUAAAUAACAAGGGGACUAAAUCUGAAUGGAUUUAGUUUUUUAUCACCUGGCUAUGAGACUGAGUGAUCGAGAACUGAAUUAGACAGUUUAAUCCAGUGUUUAAUGUUUGAGUUACCUCCUCAGUUUGCAGCACAGGAGUCCUGAGAAACAGUCUGGGCUCACAUUAACAUCCUGCAGUUACAGAUGAUUUUCCAGAAAGAUGCUCAACUUUAACAUCUUUGUGGAGAGAAUCUGUGUCUUUUAUUGGUCGUGAAAUUUUACGAUAACACGUCCGAGGCACAGGAAAACAAAUAAAGGUUAUAAACGUUUGAGCCGUUCGAUGUUUUCUUUUUUCUUCAGGAGAUCCAACUAAACAGAUCAUUAAACAUUUAUGAGUUUGGCAGAAAACUACAGCAGAGGACAAAAGCAGAGAAAACAUGGACGUACACAGACUUCUGCAGCAUUCAGGGUGCAGCGAGUCCGCUCCAUGAUUGAGUUAGUCCUGAACCGAGACGCUUUGACAGUAUUAUGACAAGUGUGUGUUUGUGUUUGUGUGUGUCAGGGCAGCAUUAGAAAAGAGAUGAUUGUGCUUUUUUUCUCUCCAGCGACUGUUUGUAGUAACCUGUCAGUGUGAGUUUACUCAGGUGUCAGUUGUGUUGUGUUGUAUGUGUGUGUGUGUGUGUGUGUGUGUGCACGCAGAGAAAACAAUGUUUUGCACGAGUGACAAAGCUUGAAAACAGCCGAGCGUGGACAGCUCUGUUGUCUCUGAGUCAGCGCUGAAGUCUCGUCACAGUUUUGAUUUUCUAAAGUCGUGACACUGAGAAGUUCUGCUGACGACAAAAACACAACCUGAUUGACUGAUUUCAGCAGAACCGGGUCAUGGAUUCUGGUUCUGCUGUCAUAGACGUACUCGAGUCAUAUUGUGUAGUUUGUUUUGCAUUUCUACGAUUAGUAAUAGUAUGCUAUGAUGAGUCUAUUUUGUCGUCCUGUGCUACAUUCAUGUGUGCGAAAAUCCUGAAAACUUAUUGAAAUUUUCAGGAUAGUAGGCAGUAGGGCUGGACAAUAAACCAAAUUUUUACUGAUACCAAAAUUUACGACAAUAAUCAACGUCAUUUUGCCCAUAUCGGUAUACUCGUUGUCAAAUAAAUAAAUCAAUCAAAGUUGUUUUUGGAUGUGUGUAGGUAGGCUAUGGUCUCAUGUCCCUUUAAGACGCUGUCCUACAUCAGAGACGUGACUCCACCCCAUCCAGUCUGUAACAAAGAGGGAAGAUGGAGGACGGUUCAAAAGUUGGAGUGGCUGAAGUAGACGAAGUUAAUGUGGGAGGGGGUGAGCAGCUGGUGGAGUAGUUAUCAUCCAUUUAUCGUUAUCGAGGUGAACUGAUCAAUAUAUUGUGAUAUUGAUUUGAAGCCAUAUUGCCCAGCCCUAGUAGACAGCAUGUUUGCAAUAUUCUUGCCCUGACUUUGCCAGGGAUUUCUUUUGCAACUUGAAACUUCUGUAGGAAAUAUUCACAAAGAUUCGUUGCAAGCGAGCAAAAAACUUUUUUUGUUUGUUUUUGAACUUUUCUUUGCUGCUGUGUGCAGUUUAUUCGUAAAAAAAAUGUUAGUUUUGUCCCUUUAUUUGCCCCCCAAAAAGUUGCAUGAGUCCCACACUUCAGCAGGUAGAUCCUCCGUCUACAUGAACUCUGACCCCCCCCUCCACUCUCCAAUUAGGACAUCCGGUCUGCAGUCAACCUCUGUUUGAAUUUAGCCGGAUUAAUACUCCUCUGAGCGGUGUCAGCUGUACUUAGCUUUAUCGAGCUGCAACCUGCAAACGUAACCAUCCAUGACACUGGAGUUUUUCCCACAAUGCACUUGACUCAGUUUGCUAACGGGAUGUCAGCUGUCCUCUCGCACACGGAUAAACUUUCCGCUGAUACCCGGCUUCUAGGAAUCCACUCAAAUAGAGAUGAGCUGGAGAGAACAUCCGACUGAAACAAGUAAAAUUUAGAAAAAGUUGCGAACUUAGAGACGAUUUAACAUCAAUAAUUAGUGGUUUUUAUCUCUGUGCAUGCUUCUUUUGCAGCGAUCGAACAUCAUUUUCCAGAGCUGAGUCGCUGAAGAGUGAUAUGUAUCUCACUUCCUCAGUAUCUCCUCUGAGAGUUGCUCAUGCAAAACAGCGAACAGAAACUGAGAGGCAAACACAAACUGAGCUUAGCUUCAGUUCAGGUCGGACAAAAGGUCAAGUUCAGACCACAGGCUGAUUAGCAGAUAGCUCGUCUUCACUUCCUGCAGGAGCGUUUCUUUCUAUCGACGUGCUUUGGCGUGGAAAAAUCUGCCAUCUGUCCGUCUGUCUGGACGCCUAAUGAGGUUAUUCUUCUUCAGAUCCAGACCGAUCAGUCUCAGUGCCAGAGGGGAAACACUAAAACUCCGCUGACCUACCUGUCACACCAGGUGAGGAAACCCUGCCAGCUCUGUUUGGCUGAACUUCUCUCUGGAGGGUCAUGUGUUCCCUUAAUGAUCUCAUGGAGUCAAUGACGUAGUCCGCCAGAGACUCCCCACUGAGUCAGGAGGGAUGUUCCCGCUUCAGGUCGGGAUUAGGAGUUUCCCUUCGUGACGUCACGGAGGAGAUGAGUUUAGGAUCUUUGCAUCAGGAUUGAAUCGACUCUCUCAAAGGUUCUUUUAUUGUCAGGAGGAAGUGAAAGACAAGCGCGGUUACGGGUUGGUAGAAAUGAAACCGACACACGCCCUUCACUCACAUGGGAUCCUUUCCCACAAGAACCUCAUCUUAAACGUGUUGCGACUCCUAAAUGAUCAAAAAUCUGUCAUUUUUACUGAACUACCUCAUUUUUAUAUGAGCUUUAAAGAUGCCUGAUGAUCAGUGGAGCCUGAACCUUUAAUAAUAAAAACUCAUAAUUCCAGGACAUGAAACUCUCUCUUUCAUUUUGCAAGUCUCCAGUGUUUUUCUGCAUGAGUCACGCACACUUUUUUAAUCAUGUUGCCUUUAAGGUGGAGUAGUCAGGAUCUGAAGUAGUUCCAAUUUUUAGGAGAAAUCUUGACUGUAAACUCCACCCCUCCAACCAGUUUUCCCCUCAGCUCCUCCUCUCAAGCCCCGCUCACAAACAGACGCUCCUGCUCGCUCGUAUCGUUCCAAUUAAAUUCAGAUAUAAUGCAGAUAAAUACUUCAGAUCAUUACAAAUGGGGCCCAGUCAAGGUGAAAGUCAAAAGCAUUGGUGCUACUGUAGAUGCCAACAGACUACCAGCAAACACAAUGUUUGCAGGACUUCUACAACGAGGAUAAAGUGACAUAGUCCAGGACCCGAGGGAGGACAGUUUAGCGAUGGCGCUACAACACGCUACAGCAGGUCCGUUUGACAAGAAACACUUCUGUUACAGACACUUGUCUUACUUUGUUAAAGCGGUUUACCUGUCCAGCAGAAAGGUUACAGGGUCACCAAGAUCCCCAAGCGUCCCCCAUCGUUUAUGUUGACCCGGCUUUUUAGCUCUUGUCUGGUCUACCUCCGUUUUAAGCGCCCGUUAUUCCUCCAGAGUCUCCGGUAUUUACUUUGUUUUCUUGCUUGUGUCGGCAGUCGUGGCCAAAGGAGGAUUCAGACAAUUUUCCGACAAUUUUUAUGCUUUCUCUCAUGUUUUACACCAUGCUUGUGUUUGCAGCAUGUUUUUUUUCACCUCCAAACUGGCGCUCAUAUUUUCAGCUUCAUCUGUCUGCAUCAAUAUGGAGUGAAAUCAUCGUUUUUAUGCUCAGACCUCCAUCUGAUUGGAAAAACUGGCACCAAGUGAAGCAGGAAAGCGUCAUUUGUUUUCACAAAGGUGCUCAAUAGAAGCUCUCGAUGUGUUUGUGAUGAAUCCUCAUCGUUGCCGUAAUGAUGGAUUUGUGAUUAAUCGUGCGGCGCCGCUAACCUCCUAGUUUUAAUAAAAGCUCCGACACAGCCUUCAAAAACAGCCGCCAAGAUAAAUGAGCUAAUAUUAUCCGUAUCAGUUUGUCUUUAACAGACGAUCACAAGACUUUUUUGUUUGAUUUACUCGAAUAAUUCUGUUCAGAUAUAUCUUUGGUUUAUAAAAACAGUUUUACACUCAGAGUAGAUUAUUCCUCUCUGAUAAAACGUGAAGAUUUUCUUUUAAGGGAAUUUCUCCUAGCAGACAAAUAACUGAAUGUCAAGAUAAAAUAAGAUGAAUUUGUGGCUCUUAUAAACUGAAUUUCCCCCGAGAUAAAUAAAGUUUUUAACCGAUGAACAAACAACAUGACCUUUUUUAUGUGUGCGUGUGUUUUCCCCUGCUGUCCCUCCCUCUUUAGUUGCUCCAGAGUAAACAUCAUUAAAAGGAUUGGUUGUUCAAACUUGACCUGGUUCUCACUCCUGUUUACGCUCUCUCUCUCUCUCUCUCUGUUAUUAAUUUCUUUCACGCCCUCUUUCUUGUUUUUGUUUUUUUGAGCUUGUCACUUUUUCAAGAGAAUUUAGUGUCAAAUCUGUUCUGAAAAAGUCUCAUUUUUCACACUGAGACGACCUUGAGAUGUCUGAAUAAUACCGACUGAGUUUCUCAUGAGCUCUGCUGCGUCUCCUACCUGUGUCUGAUAAGAGUCAGGGAAAUGUUACGUCUGCCGAACUGGUACUGUCAGUGCGGUUCAUGUACAAGCACAUACAUGUUGUCUUCAGGUUUGCGCUCUAACUUUUACUUUGAACACACACAUGCAAACACACACAAAUUGCACGAGAAUAGGCACACACACUGCAAAAUGAGUAAAAGUUAAAUUUGCUGCUUUGUUCCCCAAAACCUUUUUUCUUCCCUAAAGCAGAAAACGUAUCAGAUUCAGCAGAAAUACUGAUUAGACACACCCUAAGGAGAAGCACACACACACACACACACACAGGCUGCAGACACACACACAGGCUGUAGACACACACACACACACAAAUAAGCACUCGCCAAACUCUGACAAACAAAACGGGGAGACCAGCAGGAAUCUGACUGACAUCAUCUGUAUGUCUUGUGUGAGUGUGUGUUCUCUAGUGCGUCUAAACACACAUGCCUGUGCAGUGAACACAGAGCCCUCCACACCCUGAAUACACACAUGACGUCUGGCUCUGCUUCAGUCCACAUCCUCACCAAUAAAUCAGGAAUCAGCCCACACCAGUGAAGGUUUCUAAACUCUUUUUUUACUUCUGAUCUGAAACAACUAAAGCUGUUUAGUACAUUUAUAAUAGUAAAUGUCAGUUACUACACUAGGAGUCAACACAGAUCUAGGGCUGGGCGAUAAAACGAUAACAUGUCAGUCAUGAUUAGAAAGUAAACAUGCUAGAAACUUUGACGUGUGUUAUAAGGAUGUCUUCGCCUCUUUGAGAUGUUGCUUCAUUUUAAACACCACAUAAUUAAAGAUAGAGUAGGCGACUUCAAGCCCAUUCUGAAUCAAUGCUCAGUUUCUCUCACCUGUGUAUUCAAAGCAGAGUGUUACACUCACAUCUCACCAGCUGACAUUUGCUUAUCAUUGGCGUGUUUGCAUGUGAAGUGGACGGUUAUUUUAGAGGACAAUUCAAGACUCAUAACCAGCCUGCAACAAUCACAGACAUCCAAACUAAAUCGACUUCAUUUAAACGCCCUCCUGAGGAUGGGGUUUAGAGCCGCGUUCAGGCUGAUCAUCACCAUCGAUGUGAACAGACAACCCUCUUCCUGUGACCUUUUACAGGAGGCUCUUAUCAGUCACUUCACAUCUCUGUUUACAUGUCAAAGUUUAACAGGCGGAUGAAAGGAUGUCAUUUUAAACCCCUCUAACACCAGUAUUAGUCUUAUUAAUAACACAAACACCUUCAUCCAGGUGGAGUCCUACAGGGAUUGGGAUUAAUCAGAGUGAGAACCAAUAAUCUAUCAAAGCUUAGCCUGGGUCAGUGUGUGCAGGAAACUGAUGGAUACAGAAAAUUACCGGUCUGAAAUUACACUGUUAUGAGUCAAUAAACAGCAAACCCAUAUUUUAUUGACUUUAACGGACUGAUAAUUGAAACAGGUGAGCUUUAAACACAGGUGAGAACAUCUGCAGUCAGCUGAUCAGGAGGUUUAUUUUUAGAAAGACGACUGAGAGAGAAGAAGGAAUUAAAACGAAGGCUGAAUUUUUAUUCACUGCUGGAGGAGACUGUUAAUCUGGUGAUGUAAGACACACAACAGGCCUGCUGCUGCUGCUGCUGUGUGUCUGUGUGUGUGUGUCUGUGUGUGUGUGUGUGUGUGUGUGUGUGUGUGUGUGUGUGUGUGUGUGUGUGUGUGUGUGUGUGUGUGUGUGUGUGUGUGUUGCUCAGUCAGAAGUCCUUGUAGUGUAAUCUGUGGAACGUCCAGCAUCAGUCAGUCAGUGUCAGAGGUGUGGACAGACUGUUCUUACACACAGCUGCCUGCUGUGUGUGUAUGUGUGUGUGUAUAUAUGUGUGUGUGUGUGUACAGGGUGAGGAUUUAGACAACCGAACAUUUAAUCUAUGGUUGCUCGUUGGUCAAUUACAAAGCGAGUGCAUGUGUGUGUGUGUGUGUGUGGAGAGGAUUUAGCAAGCAAGGUACUUAAGUAAAGCUGUGAGUGUGCACGGCGUGUGUAUCUGUGUGUGUGUGUGUAUGUGUGUGUUAGAGACUGUGUGUUUGUGUGAAAGAGAGGGGUAGAAAGAUGGCGCUCUGAGUAGAAGAUUUCCUGAUGAACUUUCUGUCUGUGUUGAUUUCGGCGCCCCCUGUGGACAAAGUUAUAGCCCUCAUAUUGUUAAUAACUGCCAUGAAUAAAAGGUUGAUAUGGUUAAUUUCUGUCUGUUUAAUUACCGAUCAAUAACUCCUUUAAGUGAUCCAGUUUGUGUGACGGCUUUUUCCCUUUCACACGUGUACGAAGGAAACCAAAACAAACUCCUUCUUCCCCAAAUAUUUCAGCCCAAAAUCAACUUUGAGGAUGUUAAAAAUGUAUAUUAAUCACACAUAAAUUGCUAGAUUAUCGUUAAAUGAUUAAAUGAAAGCAACCUGAAUAAUAAAUAAAUGUUUAAUGUGGAAAAACUUUAAAAGAGGUCCUCAAAAGUGUCGAUAUAAAUCAUAAAUCAUGUCUGUUUAAGUGUCAGGAGAUGUCUGUGUUUUGAGCACGCUGUGAGGACUUUAAUCAAAACUGAUAUCUGUCUGUUUUAGGCAGACUCAGUGUUGUUUUUUUACUGUUUUAGCAGUAUAUCAUUUAUUUUCUGUUCAUAUGUUUAAUCCACAUCAGUAUCCGUAUGCAUGUGUACAGGUAGGGUGUGUAUCUCUCUCCUGAUGUGGGUUGGAUUGCUUCAAAUUGCAUCGAUUCAUCAGUAUAAAUCUGCAGUCUAGUUGUAAUAUUUGAUUUUAUACCACAGCGGUCUCAGGACUCUGGUCGUAGCCUCAGUAAUAAAAAAAAGAGUGCAGCAGUGAUAUCAGAAGGAGCUGGCUUUAGAACAGAUCUUUGACAGCAGCCAUGUGGAAAAUUGGAUCGUGGAACUGCUGAAACUGCAGGACAGCCGCUAAAGUUCCUGUCAUGGCAGAAAUCCAGCCGAUAGUUUGACGGUCAGAUUGUUGAUAAUUCAGUCGUUCAAAGGCCGGUUAAAGAUGCUCGCCGGGUUAAUCGAGGAGACGUUAAAAAAGGUCGACGCUCUCGUACGAGCAUCAAUGCAGAGAGCAAACAAACAUGGCUGACAACCUGCAGAAUCGAAAUUGAUUUCUGUCCCAGAGUGUGAGAUCAGAUUAAUCCGGUGUGUGCUGAUGUAUGCCAGUACAUGUGUGUGAGAUAGUGUGUGUGUGUGUGUGUGUGUGUGUACGGUAUGUUUCUGUGAGUCUAUUCUGAGCUUAACUGCGCUCAGUGAAAGCUGUAUGUGAGGAGGAAACAGCUGUCGGCUCCUACGUCACUAUAACACAAGAACACAUCCUCCCAGCCAAUCAGGACGCAGCAGGAUUUUACUCUAUAGCGUGACAGUUGUGAGUGAGAUACACAAUCACAGCUGAUCAGUUUACUUUCUGUCCAAUUUGUCAGAAGACAGCUGUCAUCUCUUGAGGUAAAAGUGUGAAAGAAAGAGAAAAAACAAGUUCCUUUAGAUGUCUCAUAAAAGCUGAGAGUUAAAUUUGGAACAGAGUUUGAUGAUGAGAUUAAAGCUGUUUUCAGACUUCCUGUUUAAUCUGACAUUUUCUUUGUAUCGGUGUGACAGUCUGUUCAAUCCGGUCAGCAGAGAGAGAGGAAGAGGAGAGUAAUGUCAGAGAUGAUGAAGGGCUCUAAAGCUCUGAUGAAAACACUAUUAAAUAUGAAGGAAUUCAAAUUACAGAACUAAAGUAUUGAGAGGGAUUUGUGCUGUGAUUUCUCAAGAGGGGAAAUUAAACUGUUUCAUCUGCAGAAGGCGAGAUUUUAAAUCCAGAAGAACCGGGCGGAGGGAGAUUAAAUCCUGCAGAGUGUUUUGGAACAAUGAGAAGUUUAAAAUAAGACUCUAGAGAGGACAGUAAGUGUAACAUUUCCUCCAUAAGAAGACUCUUUUUUUCCUGUAGUGUGGGUAGUGUGAAAUGCAGUGUAUUCUGGGAUGGAUCACAACAUGGAACAAGCUGGCGGCACCACUUUAAUAAACAAUGUGGUGGCUGGUAUGAUUGGAAACACUCUUCAGUGUAAGACAAGUGACCAGCAGCAGAGGGUCCUCACUUCAAAACCACCAACUCUACUGUAGACUGAGCUCAACUUCUGCACCGACAUGGCAAAAAACAAAAAGAGAAGGAAAGUAGGGCUCGGCGAUAAAACGAAAAUUUACAGAUACCCAAAUUUACGUCAUGAUUUACAUUACAAUUUACGACUUCCUUUUUCUCAUUUAUGCUGUUUGACUUUCGCUCCCAAAACACUUCAAGCCAGUUGAGGGCUGAUUGAGGUGCAAGAGAAAAUCAAUCCACUAUCACAUUAUUUAGGUAGGUACGUGCAACUUACAGAAAUUCGACUUGCAAUUGUAACGUCAGCAGACUUAUGUGUUAAUAUGGUACUUUAAAGUGGCAGGAUGUCAAACACAGAUUACACCAGAAAGUAGGGCUGGGCGAGACACCAAAAAUUUACUGAUACCUAAAUUUACGACAAUAACCAACGUAAUUUUGCCCAUAUCGGUAUAUUCGGAAACAAGACUCCACCCCAUCCAGUCGGUAACAAAGAGGGAAAGACAGGUGAGGAGAUGGAGGACGGUUCAAAAGUUGGAGCGGCUGAAGUAGACGAAGUUAAUGUGUGAGGGGGUGAGCAGCUUGUGGAGUAGUUAUCGUCCACUUAUCGUUAUCGAGGUGAACUGAUCAAUUUAUUGUGAUAUUGAUUUGAGGCCAUAUCGCCCAGCCCUACAAGAAAGCAAGUGGUGCGAGAAAGAGCAUCACAGCUGCACAGAAACUGCAGUUUACUGACUUUUCAGGAUGACGGGAAACUUUUUUUAUUCCCAAAUAACGAACUGUGUCUUAUGAACCCAUGUAUACAACUUCUAUCCUAGAUUUUACAGUACCCACACACACCUUUAUUUCAUGGUAAAGAAUGCAAAGUUUCUCUUCUAAUAAAUCGUACCUGUGACCGUCUGUUUGUUUUCGAGCCUCUCACUCCACCUCCUCUUGACUUUUACAGUCAGAUUACCGUCGAUACAGUUCCUUCACUGAAACUUUUUGUUCCUGUUCAGUUUUAUGAUCUGGAAGAAAGAGUAAACAUGAGAAAGCAGACGUGAUGAUUGAUGUGGAGAGAGGAAAUAACGUCACAGAGAGGCAGGGGAAUAAUAAAGAAGAAGAAACCGAGUGAGACGGAUCAAAGCUCAGGUUUGCUGGAAAAGUACAGACUAGAAACAUCUCACAGACAUAUUUUUUUAUUCUAUUUAAAGCAAACAGCGUCCUGACAGAGUGUGUCGGCACUAGUUUAUUUUCGGCUAUUUUUAGGCCGACUCUGAUGUUGCUCAUGACUCAAACUGGAUGAAAUGACUCUGCGUCCCAGAAAAAUCCAUCACAAGAGUCCCCAAACGCAGACCUGCUGCAGGGAGAGGGACGAGACAGUCACUGCAUGAAAAUAAAGGGAAUUGAUCCAAAUCAAUGAUUGUGUGUUUAUGUUUGGUUUUAUUAAACACUUAAAACGUCCUGUCCUGUACAUCAGUGCACUUUUAACCCUUCAUUUCCAUAUCACGAAUAAAACAACCCUAUGGAGAGUUUUCGCCAUGAAUGAGCAGCUCUUUCACCCUCAGGGUCACUUUUAUCAGACCUGUAAUGUUGAAGGUCUUUCAGUCUGAAAUCUGAAAGUAUUCGCCUGGGGGGAAUAAAAAUGGCUGCUGAGAGUUUUGCAGAAGCCGCAGUUUUUGAGUGGUUUGGCUGCAGGUGAAAUCGCAUUUUGAAGCAGAUGACUUUUGGUGAGGAUGGGGGUUGAAGACCUGGCUGCAGAAUGGAAAUAUUGUGGCGCGUAGAGGAAGCAUUUCAUGGUUAUUGAGGGUAAAAGGCGUCCAGUAAAGUACACAUCUUUCUGAGGCAGGAUGCAAAUGUUCACCUUGUAUCUGCUUGAACAUCAAGUUUUAGUUGAAAAAGGCGUCAGUCAAACUGAUAAAACAGCCUUUGUUGAAAACAGCAGCUGAUGGACAUUAGUAGGUCAGUCUCUGUUGUGUCUGAUCACCGUCACCCAAACCCUCAGGAUACAAGCGCACAUGCAGCCACUGAGCAUCUUCCUCUAAACGCCGUACAUCACGAUUAUCUUCACGCUCAGCUCUGAGCGACGUGGCGAACAUGAUUUUUCCGUUCCCACAGACGGGGGGGGAACUUUCCACAACAUCCCAGACAGAUGUAGUAGACCAGUUCUCAUGGAAAUGGGCCACUGGUCAGACUGUUGUGAUAAUGACUCUGCAGAUCCACGGCGCAGAUACUGGGACAGAUUUAGACCGACUGGGAGAGCGCUGGCGUCAGCUAAUCGCGCUCUUACCCAGAUACUGAUGAUGUUUAUGACCUCAGCGUUUCUCUCACAGCGGAGCCGAGAUAACCGACAGAGAUGUUUAUGGAGACGGUGCAGCAGUUUGCUAUUAAUAAACCUUUCUGUUCAAUGUCAGGUACACUUCAUAAAUCAGACUCUAUGAGAAUUAAACUGUAUUGACCGCAUGACUUUUACAUUCAACGCUAUCCUGGUGAUAAUUUGUCUUGGUUGUUUACAGUUAGAAUCUCUGUGCAUCAGUGUUGUUUUCAUAAAUUUAAAUCAGCUGUUUUGCAUUAAUGUGAAGAAAAUCUGCUUAUUCCAGAGCAGACAGAUUCUACCUCUCUUUUUCACUCAUACUGUAUGUAGACAGCAUUUUGCGUUGUCAGGAUGAGAGUGCGCAGAGCAGCUCUGUGCAGCAGAGAGAGCAAAACUGACUUCACUCCAAAUCUCAUGUUUUCUCACUGUUACAGAACUUAGAAACAUAGAUUUGAGGUUGUUCUCCACGAUAGAAAUAUGAAAUAUAGAUGCAAACCUUUAUGCAUUCAUACAGGCUGAUUUGCUUAUCCUGAUUUAUUACGUUGGACGAGCUCCCAUGGCAACAGCAAACUAAUUCCACUGAUUGGUUUGUUUUGACCUGUGGAUUCAGCUUGUUGUGAUAUCAAAACACUUAAUUAUCGGGUUUCAACCAAUCAGAAUCAAGCAUGUCCAGGGCUCGACAGAGUGACAGUUUCACUCGCAUUUGCGACUGAAAAUAGAUGUGUGCGAAUCGUAAAAUGUAUUUAAGGGGCGCAUAAAGAAAAAUCAGCCGAGGCAACAAAUGUUUUUUCUUGUAAAUACGGCGGUGAAGUUAGUUUUAGGUUGGAUAUAUUUUCCUGUAAAUACGGCGGUGAAGUUAGUUUUAGGUUGGAUAUAUUUUCCUGUAAAUACGGCGGUGAAGUUAGUUUCAGGUUGGAUAUCUGACGGACAUUCUCUGAGGAUCUACCGGUGUCUUCUCACUCUCUAUAACCGGGAAUAACAACAGCAGCGCGGUUAAAUCUACUCGACACCCUCACUGUCAAUGUCGGUGUUGAAUAAGGGACCGUCAAUAAAUUACCGGUUGAUGUUCUCAGAAAAGGCUGUUUUCCUUCAAUAGCUUCAAUGUCAGUGACCAAUUGACCUAAAAUUGAGGUCGGACGAUAAGACAAACCUCUUUUUUUCCCUGAUUUUUCCUCUAAAAUAAUUCUUUGUUAAAUUUAAAGGCAAAUUUUCAACAUUUUCUUCAACAACUUUCAUGUCAUGUGACCAAUUGAUCUAAGAUUGAUUUUAAAUAAUACUACUUAUAUCGACCAAUAAGACAAACAUUAUUUGAUCAGUUUUCAUUGUGUCCUUAAAGUUCUUUGUGCACUCCUUGUGAAAAAGUUAGUGUCCUGCCCUGAUGUCAUACUUUCUCUCAAACUCGAACCCUGUCACCGUUGUCUUCUCCGCCGUCGUCCAUCAGUGGGUGUCAGACAUUCCCCUUUUUCCAUUCCCACACAAUCAUGGUGACAUUCCACAGCAUUCCGGAACGUUGUGGAAUGCCGGUUCCCGUGGAAAUGGAACGCUGAGAAGAUUCCAUCACGUGACCGUAGAUACAGUAGACACCAGAUAUAGAGUCGGUGGAAAUAGAUGUUCAGUGUUUAAUAAUAAUAAUACAGCAGGAGCGAUGGAUCAGUCUGUUUUAUCGAGCUCAGACUGAGAGGAACACAGAAACCGGAGGAGGAGAUGUAUGUCACUGCCCAGAUGUUCCCACAGCAUCACACACACACACACGCACACACACACACACAAACACACACUCAGCACUCUCUAACUGAAGUCCUGAGAACUGACAGUAAAAGUUCAAGUGUGUGCGUCUCAUUCAGACAGUGAGCAGCAGUGAUAACAGUGAUUUAAUCUCCAUGUGGCGUGGAAUCACCAGGUCAGCCGUAAAAAAACAGAGGCAGAUGCUCCGUGUGUGUGUGUGUGUGUGUGUGUGUGUGUGUGUGUCUUUGUUGUUUGAAGUUGUGUAACCGUUCGGUUUCUCAGCAGAAGGUCUCGGCGUUCUGGUUCCAUCUGGGGUUCAGUUCCAAUAUGCUCAGACUCUGUGUGUGUCUCUGUGAGAGUUUCUGGGAGUCAUUCGUCAUUUUAUCCUUCACACAUACUAACCUGGUGAAGCAUCAAAACUGUAAAACUUGAACUGGUAAUAUCUAAAUGUUGCACCACGUGCUUUUGCUGCAGGAGGAAAGAGACUUUCUUUUAUACGCAAAGUGUCAGUUCAACUCCUGGUUGACGAUCUGAGAAGCAGUUGAAAAAAACGGAACCUCUCUCCUCUGUGCUCUACGAUAACUCCGCCCUGAACCUGUGUCACCCUCCCCACGACACACUCAAGCCAAACGCGGGCUGUCGGCUCUGUACAUCGAACAGAACAUUAUCACACCUCUGAAUCUCCUAACCCUAACCUGACAGACGAUGAUGUUUCACAGCCAUAAAGAAUAACCAAUCGAAGCCCAGCACUUCUAGCCAAUCAGAUGCGAAGGGGGGCGGGACCUUCCCCUACCAUCCUACAAAAAAAAAGUUUGUGUCCAGGCAGGAUGGCUCCUAUUGGUCAGUGUUUUUGCAGCCUUGCACCUGAUAGGAUGAACAGAUUUUUUCCGAUCUUUUUUAUCUUCACUUUGUGGAGAUCGCACUAUAGGACCAUGAUCGCCAUAGAAACGAGGUUUAUAAUAAUUACCAAUCUCUAAAAUCGUCGACCAUGUUUUUAAGUUUGAAAUGUGGACUUGUGUGGUUCAGAGAGGUGUUUUCUUGUCUGCGCUGUGAAGGGAAAGCCUGUUUGUGGUGUUCCUGUACAUUAGCAUAUCUGUGCUGAAGGCCUGUGUGCAGAAAGUGCUCUCUAUUGAUUAUGCAUGUGCCCUAUAUACAGAUACAGAGAGUGGAGUUAAACUGUGCGCUGCUUAUUGAGUGAAACAUGCAGCUUUAUUUUCAGCAGGUGCCGUGUGUGUGUGUGUGUGUGUGUGUGUGUGUGUGUGUGUGUGUGUGUGUGUGUGUGUGUGCGUGUGUGAGACUUUAUGCUGAUGUCAGUUUUGUUAUGUAACUGCUGUGAUGUCAGAGAGCUGAGCUCCUUGGCCUGCUCUGGUAGCAGAGGUCUGUUGUUUUAAUCCCACAAGGUCGGCACGGCGACAGAACCUGGCUCAUGACCUGACCUUCACACACACACACACACACACACACACACACACACACACACAGAGCAUUGUGGUCACAAAUCAGCAGGUCUUUUGUUUGUCUCUGUUUGGGAGUGUGCGGUUGUUGUAUCCUGUCAUCCUAACACCAACAAUAAUAGGUGUGUGUCCCGGGAAUGCACACACAUUGUCAUUUUAUCGUGACCACAGUGGUAUUUUAGUUUUCUGCCACUCUAAGCCUUGUGUGUGUCUACUGUGUAUAUUUCACUCACAUGUCCUCAGCCUAGGCCUGGGCGAUUGAGGCGAAAAAAAGAUCACAAUAAUAUUUUGUCAUAUCGUCCGAUCUCGAUUAUUAUCAUGAUUUUUUAAAAAUCUUUUAAACUGCCAGUUUAAGCGCAUCUGUACCAAAAACUAAAGAAAUGAGAGGUUAGUUCAACAUUUUAUUAUCAUACAAAGAAAAUAACAAAGCAAAUAAAAUAAGAUAAAUGUAGAAAAAUAUAAAAAACGUUUUUACUCAACAAUACAGCAAAUGUUGAUUGCACAUUGGCUUCAUUGCUCGACGUCACUUUAGAGAUACCCGAACUGCCGCCACACAACCGACGUUGAAUAACUUUUCUUCUCAACAAUGGCGUCUUCGGAGGAGGACUCAAAGUCACGGCGGACAUCUAUUUUGCUGCCUCAUUCAUGAUUUACUCCCUUGUCACUCACCUCUGCUUCUGUCCGUUUGUCUGCAGGACUCGAAACCUGUCCGGCGGCUCUCCCAGACCUCGACACACCAAGAAGAUCAACUUCAAAAACAUGAAACAGUGUGAUAUGAGAGGAAGCAGGUGAGACACACGAACACUCUUCUUCUCCGGGUCUUUGCUGUUGCUCUCCCUACUUUAGCUUCACAUGUGAAAGGAAGAGGAAGAACAGAGCGAUGUCUGUGAUCAGUAGAGGUUAAAGCGACCCUCUUUCAUCCAGGUGUGGACUGUGUUGAGUAGUAUGUUGAUCCCUCUCACUUCCAGCGUGUUCAGUUACAGGACAACACUUAAGCACAGCAAGGUCGGCGCACAGGACUCUGGUUUAGCAGCUCGUCGGCCUGUAUUUAUAAAACUCUCUCCUGCUCCCUGGUAAAAAGAGGUGCUUGGAUUACUCUUAUUAGCCACUCUGUCUUUAUGUAACCGCACUGGGAACUGUAAUUUCUGCAAUAAAUCAGACCACUCAUGUCCCACCACAGCUGACAGACACUAAAUCUUCCUGUAGAGUCAUUUUGGACUCAUUAAUCUGAGAGUACAGCCUUAGAUUCCUCUGAACAAAACCACAAACCAGAUUUAUUGAUCAGAAAUACAACAGAAAUCUGUCUCUGAGUUCAGAUUCCUGCAGGUAUAACUUGAAUUUUCCAUCAUGGUCGAUUAUUCUUCACCUUUACAAACUCAGCUGACAUGCAGAAGUGUUGAACCUUUCCUCUCAGAGCUGAGCUGCUGGUUUGUGUCACACGCAGCCUGGACAUUGUCAUUCUGCUCACCUCUUCCUCUAUUGUUUUCUAUUCUCGUCCUUCCGUGUAGGGUGUAUAAAUCAGAGCUGUGGGUCAGAGGAACAUAAAGCUGCUCAUCAGACAAUAAUAGACUGGAGCUGAUUGUUUUAGAAUAGAUCCGGCUAAGAGCAGCCGAGCUGUUGUUUGUGUUUCAGCCAAGACACCGUGUCAUCACAGAGAGAGAGGAGUAAAUCUGCUGAGUGCUCACCCAGCCGCGGCUCAUGGGAGACUUAAAAAGUAUGAAUCAUGGUGUAAAUAAAAAUGCUUUAAGCGAGUCCCUGCUCUCAGCCCUGCUGCGGUUUCUCACUGUGACGGUCGCCCAUUCAAAUUCAGCGUACGAUUUCUGACUGAUGGUUAUUUGUUUUUGUAUAACGCCACAGAAUCAGAGAGUAUGUGGAUAAAACUGUGGGAUAAAAACAUGAGAAAGAACCAAAAGAGCGAUCAUGGGGGUCUGAAACUUGGGGGUCUGAAACUCCUCCAUCCUGUCAGUUACAGAUAUCUGCAAGGAUGAAAACUGAAGAACAUGAAGGUCAGAAGAUCCAAAGGGUGUAUUUGAUAGAAAUAGGGCUGUGUGAUACGAACUAUUUUCUCAGUGUUUUUCUCAUAAUUAUAACAAUAUGCAAACAACCAAAAAAAAAAGUGUAUAAUUCUUGUUAAUUUUAUAAUUAAGAUACUGUGUUAAUUGUUAUACCCUCUCCUUAAACUUGUCUGGUAAACUGUGACUGUCCUCUAAGUAGGGCUGGGCGAUAAAACGAUAAUGAUAUAUACAGGGCUUGAAGACCUCCGGCACGGUGCCAGUAAUCCAGCUCGGAAUUAUUAUUAUUUUUUUGUCUAAAUCAUGUAAAAAAAAAAAACUAGUUAGUUUGAUCUGAAUAUGACCGGUAGAGGACAACAUUAUAGCGUACAUCCUGCCGAAGAAGAAGAAAAAGACACGUCAGCGAACGGCCCAGCCCUACAUGAUACAAACUGAAAAUAAUUUCUCUGUAUUUUGAAAAUAACAAUGACAACAUGCAAUAUCUUAAAAGAAAAAACAGCCCAAAAAAAGUGUAUAAUUCUUGUAAACGUUAAAAUUCAAGAUACUGUCUGAAUUGUUGUAUCUUCUCCUUAAACUUGUCCGGUAAACUGUGACUGUCCUCGAAGCCGACAAAUUGAGGGAUUUGAGCUGAAACAGCCCGGGGUUAAAACAACAAGACUCUGGCUCAUAUCCUGUGUAACAGUGACCUUUCUGUGGAUAAAUGUAAGUGAAUAACAUGUGAAGUCAUCGGUCACAGUUACUCUGAGGAGGCAUUACUGAUCUGAUCCCAGCCUUCAGUUUCUCUGCAUGGAUACAGAGUUUAUUUAGAUCCUCUCUUGUUUUCAUUAGUGGUUCUUUUUGGAGCUCAGUAAUUACGAACAGGGGUCAGGGGUCUGCUUCCCAGGAGGAUUAGUCUGGUGUUUUUCAUCUGAGGUGACCGUGGAAUAAUGUGGCCCCCAGCGCUAUGAAAAGUGUGGUAGUGCACGGACGUGCAGCGGGGACAGCCAGAGUCCCAGCAGAGUCACGUUUCCAGCUGGCCUGUUGUGAUGCUUCUGCUGUUUCCACUGAACUCCCCGCUGACUUCCUGCUCUCCACUUUCCCAUGCAUCAUAAAAAAACAAGCUGUGUGUGUGUGUGUAUCUCAGCGGCACAUGCAGACAACAACAGCAUUAAAUCCAAACUCAUCAUCGGUCUCUGGGGAUGCACAGAGGAGGGGGAAACAGCGGGGGCCGAGGAGGACAGUCAGUUUUUAGACUUUUAUUUAAGAACUGAUCAUUUCCCCACAGGAGGCAGAAUCUUAUUAAAGAAAAACUACACUUCAAACAUCAUAAUAGACCUUCAAAACACCAUAAUAUCAUGUCAUACAAUAACAUACUUUAUAAUAUCAUACCACACUUUAUGAUUACAUUGAAUACUAUGAAAUAUAAUGUAUUACUAUGCAUCAAAAUUCAUUAAGACUAGUCGCAAAUGCAUGUGAAAUGGUCGCACUGUUCAGCCCUGAUAUUACAGUACAAUAAUACACCAUAACUCAUCAGGUGACACUAUAUGUUUCUAAUUAGGAGUGAUCAAAUUACAUGAACCAAUACAAUGCAAUAUGAUACAAUAUGAUACAAUAGUACACUCUACAUUGUGGUACAAUAUUACUCAAUAUGGUAUGAUCUGUUAUGAUAGGUUACUAUGAGAUAAUGUGUGUUACUAAUAAAAAAGUAAGAUAAGAUAAAAGAAGAUACACAGUGUGACAUAAUAUGAGAGGAUUCCGGAAUGUAUGAUGUCAUACUAUACUAUAUGAUAAAAUAUUAUAUGAUGAAAUAUAAGAGGAUUCUAGAAUGUAUGAUGUCAUGCUAUACUAUGUGAUAAAAUAUUAUAUGAUACCACAUAAUACAAUUUGAUAAAUUUAACUAUGUUGCAAUAUCAUACAAUAUAAUGUAAUUAGAAAUAAUAUGAUGCUACACAAAAGUAUGCUUUACAAUAGUACUACGUGAUAAACUAUUACAUGAUGCAAUACAAUACUACACAAAAGUGUUUAUUAAAAUCACUUAUGAUGUAGCCUACUACAAUACAACAUUAAGAUACCGUAUGAUACAAUACUACGGUACCAGAGUAUAGGAUGUAAUAGGUUACAGGACAGCAAGUAAUGUUUUAUAUGAUGUGAUAUGAUACGAUAUUAAAGGAUACAAUAUAAUACCACAAAAUAUUAUAGUAUAAGAAACAUUGUAAAACUAUACAAUGAUAUAUUAUAAUAUAAUAUGUACAAUACCAUCUAAUUUAACCCAGUUUAACAUACUGUAUUUAUGAAACAGAUAUAGUAGGGCCCUUCUUCAGCUCAGUUUGUCUUCCCUCUGCGGUGAGAAACUUUCCCUCCAUCCCGUCCCUGACUUCUCCCUCCCAAAAAAGGAUCGUGGUUUCAAACAAAUCUGCGUGUGGGUGUAAGGGUGCUGGGAAGUCUACCGGGUCAUCAGGUGGGAGAACUACCAAUCUCUGACAAUUUGUUGAGUUAAGCCCACAACACCAGGAAACCUCGGCAGAACCGCCCCCUCUUUACCUGAACCGAAACCCACGCGCUCAGCAGCUUCAGGUUAGAGGAUCCGGCUCUGCUCUUUUACAGCUCUUAGUUUGUUUUAUUCUCAAAUCCAGGUUAUGUAACUUUCUCCAAGUGCUGUGAUGAACCUCCGAGCUGGUUGGCGUCUUAGUUUGAUGUGGCUGAGUCUGAACUAAAGGGUUUUUCUUCCUCCCUCUGACCAUCUCUGAGGGAAGCAAAAGGUCAAUGAUUCUGUGUCUCUUCGGAGGAAAAGCAGAAAUGCUGAUUACUCACCAGAAAGCAGAUGAGCUCACAGAUGUUUGUGUUUAUGUUUUCUCACACUCUGAAUCAUCUCGCAGCCUCUUUGCUUUCUCAGCCAAACAUAAUGACUGUAAACAUUUUCCUCUCAGACACAAAGGAGGGGAGCGACGUGCAGUCUGUGCUCCACAGGGCUUUAUACUCCAGAGGAUCCACUAAAAAAAAACACACACACACACACUGUUCCAGUGAACUCCAGGGUCUCCUGUGAAGCUGGUCAAUUAGGAAAGAGUGGAGUGUGUGUUUGCAUGUUUACAAAACAUUUCAUUCCCCUGUGGGGAGAGAUGACUGGGAGAUAAAAACUUUCUAUAUUUAAAGUCAAACGUCUGACCCGUCUGUUGUGCUUCUGCAGCUUCAUGCUGUUUUUCAGCUUUUCUCUCACUGGUUUGAUUUCCAUCUUCUGCAAAACAAGCCCUGAACUCACAGCACAGUGAGGAACUGUCUGCAGUGUCAGCACGACUUCAGGGGUUUGAAACAGAAUAAAGACAGGAUUUUUAGGAUAAACCCGACUUUGUAUAAAGUUCUUCUUAUUCUUAUUUUUUUGACAAAUACUUCGACCUUUAAAGGGAUAUUCUGGUGUAAAACUAAGUUAGGGUCAAACACACCAUAACACCGAGUUAGACAACCCGUGGCGAGAUGAAUGUUGCCGACCGCUUGCUUCUCUAGUUAUACCAACUUUAGUAACGACCGCAGGAUAGCAAUACAGAGAGACAAGCCCUCAACUGAAACGCCACUCUAUAGCCACAAAUAAUGCUCAGAACAGCACCUAACUUCAUCAACAGGACAUAUAGGGUCACAGACAUAGUACUAGACACCAAACAUCUUUUUAAAUUUGCAAAGAGACUAAACACAGCUCACCUACUCUCUUCCAGCAGCUGCUUGUUUGUAGCGAGACCGCAGACCAAUCCAUUACGGACUACAGCGGGGUUUCGCAGCUCAAGGAAGAACAUUUAUGAUCAUGGCUCCUUAGACCGCUGUGUAUUGCUGUCGAGAAGCAAGCUUUCGAGGGGGUGUCUAAGUCGGUGUGUUUGACCCUAAAUUAAUUUUACACUCCUCUGUUUUCUGACUGCGUUUGCUCGGAGCUCUGAUGUGUUUUUUCCUGACAGGAUCUCUUCUCCACACGCUCCAUUUUUCCAACAUUUGAGUCACUGCAUUAAUAACCCGGACUCUCCCUGUUAAUUAAAUCACUUCUAAUCUAAUUUGAUGAAAUAGACUGAAGGAUCUGAUCGUUUUCCUCAUUUACAGAAAAGUUGGAGUCAUGUCGAGAUGACGUUAACUUCAUAAUAACCACUAAUCAUGAGUUUGUUUGUGUUUCAGGAUUGUGUUGAUCUGCGCCAAGAGAUCUCUGUGUGCCGCCUUCUCUGUCCUACCUUAUGGAGAGAGCUUCUACCUCAGGUAACCCAAACACACACACACACACACAAACACUAACACACAAGCAGAGUCACACCCACCAACAUCUCCUGUGUCAGAGGUCAGGGAAGAAGACAGAGUAGGAGGAGAUUUAUGGCGAGGAUGAGGGAUUUCAAGGAGGAGUAAAGAAAUACGAAGCACAUUUAUAACAUCACACUCCACCUGUAACCACAAUCGCAAAUAUCCUGAUACAAAGACCCUGCUAUGUUCACAAACAGACACACACACACACACACAUCCAACAGCGUGACUAACUCGGGUUCUUCCUGCGGAGGAUGUGAGCUCUGAUCACACUUCCACUUUAUCUUCCAGCUGAUGUUUUGUCCUCCAAUCCUGACAGUUCAGCGUGUUGAGCAGAACAUGUGACCGUGGUGGGAAGUGACUUUUGACCUUUCACUCACGGGACUGUCUCUGAGCAUGUCCCACCCCGUCACUCUAACAGACUGUGGACAGAGAGACAAAAAGAGGAUAAUAACACCGAGAAAAAAAAGGGAUUCAGGGUCCUCUAGCAAUCCAGGACUGGAGGAAUUUUGGGGUUUUCAGGAAAUGAUGAUUUCCUUAAAAGAAAAGAUCACAGGGUCAGAAUAUUGUCUUUUUUAAUCCCUGAAGCUGGUGUGAGAGGGAAGGUGUCCUCCGAGCAGCUGCAGAUCAGCCCUGUUUGAAGAUUUAUUUAUUUAUUAUUAUUAUUAUUGUUAAUAUUAUUAUUAAUAUCAAUAUUAUCAUUGGUAUUAUUGUUUUUAUUUUAUUAUUAUUAUUAAUUAUUUAUUUAUUCAUUUAUUUUUUAAUUUACAUAAUUAUUUAUUAUUAUUGUUAUUAUUAUCAUUAUUUAUAUUAAUAUUAUUAUUUAUAUUGUUAUUUUUUUAUUUUAUAAUUUAUUAUUGUUUUUUUUUCAAACAUGUGCGUACAACACAGAAAGUAAACUGAAAACAAACUUAACUAGUGAGAAUAUUUAAAACAACGAGAAAACUAAUCAAAGCAAAAAAGUAUAAAUAAGAUGAAUUAAUAAAAAAUAAAAGUAGUAAUAAUAAUGCAAACCCAACAUGUCUGAAAAGGAGCAGGAUGAAUUAAACCUACCUCUUCUCCUUUACUCAGUAAUAUCAGUCAGUUUCCGGCAAAAUUAAAUUAUAUUAUCAAAAUACAACAUAAAUAGAAUAAAGGUGCGAAAACACCUCAUAGUUAAUGCCCUUCUACCUUCCUUUACCUGGUGAGAACCAUGUGUCUGUCCCGCUUUUUAAACUGGGUAUAUUCACAUUAAAUGAUACAUUUUAAUGUCAAAUAUCAGCAGGAUUGUUUUGUGAUAAAAGAUAAUUCAGCAGGUGGAGGACAAGAUAAGCAAAGACAGGGGGCGCCACAGUCAACACAAAACAAAGGUUCCUCACAGGAGCUUUAAUGUAGCUCUGACCUUGAAAACAUCAAACCAGGGAGCAGAGGAUGAGACCCGAUGGGAGCAGAUGGUCACAGCCUGAUGUUAGAGGAAAUGAAAAGGAUCAGCUGUUUGAAGUCAGCACCUGAUCCGCCUCUGAGACAGAAACAGACAAACCUACUAACUUAUGACUGCAUCAAACUCUAUCACCUGCUCAUGCAAACCACUUCACUUUGUCUCCAGUGACCCCACAUUAAACCACCCCAGGAGGAGGCACUCGUCUGGAAACAUCUCCACCACCCUGGAGAUGCUGCCGGGGCUGGAGGGCUUCCACCUGGACUCCUACGGCCGGGUUAGAAACACACAUUCAGACACAGACACAGAUACUUAAUCUGAUCAGAUCAUACCAACCAUCCUGCUCUCUCUCUCUCUCUCUCUGUUUCAGUCGGUGUCGUACGCCCAGUUCCUGUACCCCACUAACGCCCUGGUGAGGCAGAAGCCGGCCUCGGCCAGCGACCUGACGCUGCAGAUUCCCCAGUCCAGGAGCACACACAGCAUGCCGGGCCGGAGCUACCCGCCCAGCAGACUGAACAGCACCGUGGGACUGGACCUCGGUAAUACACGCCCACACUGACACUGUCUCAGAAGAAUUCAUGGAUCUCCGUUUAGUUAGUUUAGUUUAAUUAAGAAAACAGGAAGUGGAGUCUGAGAGUGCGCGCAUAUGUAUAAACACCCCGUCUGGUUCUAUCUAUAAACACACACACCCACAGUGACACAGCCCUGUAUUAACCUCUAAUCCAGAGCCUUUCAUUAACAUAACACAGCUGUGUGUGUGUGUGUGUGUGUGUGUGUGUGUGUGUGAGGGAGGCGGUGUGCUCACUGAUAGCAGGUCUGUAUUUUUAGACUUGGUGUGACGUUACUCUUGUUUUUCUUUUUUUUCAUGCUCCGAUUUUAAAGUAACUGUGGAUUCAUAUUAAACACAUUCACAUCAAUAUUUAACCCAUAAUGUAGUCAAGUUCAGAGAUAUGAACCAAACUACAGUUGGUCUGCAAAGAGGUGCAUGUGUGAGCGCCAGAUUGUUCAUAUUGCAAAAUAGCAAAAUAAUACAGUAAAUGUAAAUAAAACAUCAGAGGAAACAAGAUGAAAAUAAAUAAAGGCAUAAAAAAACAUCAAGUUAGUCUCUGAAUAUAAGACUUAUUUUUAUCUUAUAAUUAUAUAAAUUUGAUGUUAAAACCUGAUUUAUGAUCCUGCUCCUUCAAUCCAGUUAACUCAGCGUUCUCUUUGUGUCUUUCUGUGUUUUUGUGUUUUCAAGGUCUGGAGGACGUGACAGACUAUGACCCUAACCUCCUCAGUGACCCCCAGUGGCCUUGUGGGAAACACAAGCGGGUGCUGAUCUUCGCCUCCUACAUGGUAACGCCACCCUGAGGAUUUUUAUUUCUGAUUUAAACUCUGCUGCUUUAAGACAAAACAUCGUUUUAUUCAGUAUCUUUAAAUAUUUCUCAGUGUGAACCUCAUAAAUCAGAGGAAGAAUAAACCUCUAGACCUCAUCGUCUUAAAGAAGCUCCAGUAUUGUUAUCAUGUCAGAAUUACAGGUCAGAGGUCACUUAAUCCCUGAUAACCUCACACAUCGUGGUCAUUUCCAGGCUCCCAGAUUAAAGAGACGCCACAAAGACAACAGGAAGUAGAAAUCAAGAGAGAGAUGGCGCCAUAUGUCCGAUUAUAAAACAUAUUUGACGGCCCCUUUACAACCUAACAUGACUCUUAAUCUGGAAUUCAGUAAGACAGUUUUAAUAUCACAAGAUUAAAGAAGAGAAAACAGCUGUGCUCUUAGUAUUUUAUUUUGAAGGGGAGCUCUCAGAGGAGCAGCUUCCUGUGCAAAACAAGUUUCACAAACACCUGAAAAUAAAGAGGUUAUUCUGGUAUUAUCACAGCUUUGUUCUCAUGACUUGAUCGUCUCACAGCUUUUUUAUUUUUAGAGCCUCUGAUUUUUCAGAAAACAGAGUAAAGGAGUAAAAAUAAAGAGCUGGAAAAGAAAGAAAGAAAAGAAGAGAGGAAAUAAAAGUCAAGAAUUCAAGAGGGAUUAUAGAACACACCAACACUCACACCCAACGUAAUUAUUCUAUAGGCUGCAGCUGAGUUUAUCCCUGCAGAGAUGAGUUCAGAUCACACACACACGCACACACACACACACACACACACACACACACACAGGAUUUAUCAAGCCGGUUUAAUCCAUAGGAGAAGAUUACUGCGGAGGUGGGUCGCUAUGUCACUGAUCUCACUGUGCGUUGUGUGUGUGUGUGUGUGUGUGUGUGUGUGUGUGUGUGUGUGUGUGUGUGUGUGUGUGUGCGUGUGUGUGUGAGCAUUACACAGUGUGAUCUCACCACCCACCGCAGUCUCAGCUCUCUGACAAACACCCUUAAAUACACUCUCUAACCUCGUGCGGCCGCUGUGGGUGAUCAGAGGUUUCCAGAGGAGUGUGGGUCAGACCGCCGUGUGGUCGACUUCAGCAGAGAUUACAGGACUGAACCUGGACCACGAGAGGCCUUAGUCCUGGAUAUCACAAAGAGAAUUUAAAUGAACCAAAAUCAGUUUUACUUCUGAAAUGGCCCAGACUCUAUUCAUUAAAAAAAGAAGAUUCAUUAAUCCGAAAUAUGGCGAUUUUGUCUCGCUUUUAGCACCAAAAAUAACCAUUUUUAGUGUCCUAGAAUUGUGGUCCUGAAACUGCAGUGUUGCUCUGCGGACAACAGGAGAAAAAACACACGUGUUUUUCCACUGGGGGGCGCUAAAAUCAACAUAACCAGAAGUUCCUCACAGCAGCUUUAAGAAACCGAACUUUCUAUUUGAAGCUGCAAAAGUCCGACCAGCUGAUGUCAUAAAAAUCUCUCAGAGUUUCUGUGAAAACAUUAAAAAUAAGAAGAUUUAGGGCGUAUAACUUUUGUUGAAUUAAGACAGAGCAGUAACGUCGCUCUGUUUACGUCUUCAUGGCGUUCAUUUACAUCUGCUGACCUUUGGUUCACCUGUAAAUCUCUCCUGUUUACACUCUGACAUGACUGCAGUCUCCUCUCUUUAAGUAUUUCCUCUCUCCUUCACUCUCUUUUAUUCCGCUGUCACUUUUAUUUACUCAAAGUCUCUCCUCUUCUUUUUAAUCCUGCAGACGACAGUCAUAGAGUACGUCAAACCGUCUGACCUGAAGAAAGACAUGAACGAGACGUUCAAGGAGAAGUUUCCUCACAUUAAGCUCACUCUCAGCAAAAUCCGCAGGUAGACGAACUGAAUCAAAUCUCUAAACAAACAUGAAACUGGACUGAUGUGGAAAAACGAGCUCUGAUUGUAACUUUGACUUCCUGAUGCUCUGUCCGCCUCACAGCCUGAAGAGAGAGAUGAGGAUAGUCGGGGAGGACUGUGGGAUGCAGCCUGUCACCAUAGCGAUGGCGUUCGUCUACUUUGAGAAGUUGGUGCUGCAGGGUCGGCUCAAUAAACAGAACAGGUACUGACACAACACAACAACAUGACACAACAACAUGACACAACACGACAACACGACACCUAUGAUAGGUCAAAGAAAGGGAAGUCCUGCUCGUACCACAUGUAAAAACUACGGAGGAUGAUUACGGCCACAGAAGAGAAAAAAAAAUUUACAGGAGAAAGAUUUUUUAAAUUUCCGUUUUAAGAUUAAAGUUAAAAUUUUAAAAAUUCAAAAUGAAAAAAAUCAAAAUUUCAAAAUCUAGAAAAUCGUUAUUGAGUGAAUAAAGUCGAGAUGUCGACUUUAAUCCCAAAAUUUUAAUUUGUUAACAUCAAAAUGUCGACAUUAUUCAAAGUUCAACAUUUUUUAAUCUCAAAAUUUCAACUUUAAUCUUUAAAUUUCAGUUUUUGAUUUUGAAAUUUUGACUUUAUCGACAUAAUUUUGAUUUUUCAAUCUUGAAAUGUCGACUGUAAUCUCCUUCCUCUCAUUAUUUUUUCUCUUCAUGUGGUCCUAAUCCUCUUUUGUAAAAAACAGUGAAUCCAUCUUAACUCAGAGAUUUAAAAGGAAGCAGAAAAAAGUCUCUGAUUAAGACACUAAAUGCCAAAAAACCUGAGUUGCUCUAAUUGCAUUAAAAAAAUCAGCCUGUUAAAUAAAAGUCAUUUGUUUUUCAAGUGUCUUAAAAUAAGAGUGAAGUUUGUUGGUGAAUCCUUUUACUCAUUUCUACUAAAUCAGAUCUUAUUUUUUCGGUGUGUAACAUCUAAAUUAGGUUAUUUUCUAAAUGUGUCGGGUUUAUUCAUAUUUAUCAUUUAAGGGUCAUAGUGUGUCUUUAUAUCCACUAGAACAGUGGUUCUCAACUGGUGAGUUCCGACCCAAAAGUGGGUCGUGGACACGCUCUGGAUGGGUCACGAACAGCUGGUCAAAAAAAUAAAUAUUUAAUGUGAUAUUUAUUAGAUAUUCAAUAUUUUCUGUAUAAGCAACUUCAGUAGUUGUCGUCCUCAUGUUAUGGAUUUAUGUUCAAAAUUAGAGUCUUGGUUUGAAUUUUAUGAAAGUGGAUCAGGAGAAAAUGUGGGUCCCAGAGUGAGACCAGCUGCACUAGAAUAAUGACUAAGGCCAGAGUGGUUUUUGUGUUUAAUGCUUCAGAAAAAGACCUCCACCCUGAUCAUGAACUUAAACUGUUAUAUGACUAUAAGAGAAGAAGUAAAACUGCAGAAAAUCUUCUAAAAGUCCAAGAAAAUGAAGAUCGAUUUGAACCGUUUUGGACCCCCAUAGUCUGCAGAACCUGAGUGAAGUCCAGCUCUGCUCAGAGGACCUCCUCCUGUGGUCUUAAAUCCGUGUCAGAUGAUAGAGAAGACUUUGUGUCGUUUGGUCUCAUAUUUUCUUCGCUCUCUUCCUCCCAAACCUCACACUGUUUUCGACGCUCUCUCACGCUGAAUACGGACAUCAUGUGACGGUUUCCUCUCGCCUUCACUGAUUAAAAUUCUUCUCUGACGGUUUUUAUCUGCAGAGGAUCAGAUUUAUUAUUUGAAUGAAAGCGUGAAAAAAAAACAACUUUAGAAACAUCCAGGAAAACAUCAUCGACUCCUCUGAGAUCUUUUAAAGAAACCGUUUUAUUAGCUGAUUAAAUCUGUGGCUUUCCCAGGAUGCCGCUGGGUUGUCCUCUGCAGAGGAGCGGCACCCCCUGGUGUUUUAAAAGUGCGACUACAGUCCUGUUCCUGUUCCCAGAAUUCAUGAAGUAAUCCUGCAGCUCUGUCGUCCGUCUCCUCGGUUUAUUGUCUUAAACGGCGGUUUGGUUCGCCGUCAGAGCGCCGAGGAACAACAUCCCGACUCUCACUCUGUCUCUGCUCUUGUUGUUGUUUUACAGGAAGUUGGUGUCAGCCGCCUGCAUCCUACUGGCCGCCAAGAUCAGCAGUGACCUCAAGAAACAAGAGGUCAAACACCUCAUCGAUGUAAGUGCAGAGUCAGAUCAGGGCGUCUUCCUGUCACUGGGAUCAUGUUGCUCUUACUCAGGUGUUCACAUACCUGAGAGACUUGGAGGUCAAAUACCUCAGCAGAGUCAGAGUCACAUGACAGCAGAGGUUACAGCGGCGGUAUUUCAGAGGGUUUUCAAAAAACACAGAGAAGGAGGAGCCAAAGAUACACGCUACGAAGUGUAACGAGUGUCUGCAUUACAAAGAGUGUCCACCAGAGGGCGACGGCUACUUUGUUUCCUACCAUAAAAUAAAAUUCACCUCAGUCCACUUAUUAGAAACAAUUUAAUCAACAAAUAAUCUCAGGAAAAUAUUUGUUUGAAUCAGAAAAAAAAAAAAUUCAUAUUUAAUAUUAAAUGUUUAAUUAGUAUUUAUGUUUAUUAAUAAUUUCACUUUUUUUUAGAAAUAUUAGAAACAGCUUCAGAAAAAUCUCUUGGUUAAUAAUUAUUAAAUGUUUCAUUAAUAUUUAUGUUUAUUAAUAUUUUCACUUUUUUGAAACAGAUAAGUCAAAAAAGUGCGAACACACCUCUGACACGUCUCUGACACGUCUCUGUCUUUGGCGUUUGUUUUGUGCAGAAGCUGGAGGAGCGUUUCAGGAUCAGCCGGAGGGAGCUGAUAUCCUUCGAGUUCGCCAUCCUGGUCGCCCUGGAGAUGGCGCUCUACCUGCCUGAGAGUAAAGUCAUGCCUCAUUACAGACGCCUGCAGCAGCAGCAGCAGUCGUAGCAGCGGGACACAUGGUGAUGGCGGACAGACGGGUGGAUCCUCGUGCUGAUCCUCAGAGGCUCGGACGCCAAAACUCGUCAGCACAGGCCCGGUGGCGCCUGGAUUUACAGCACAGUGACGAAUGGAGCGACAUUUUUCUCUACAAUACCAAAGUGACGACACACUGUGAAGCCCGGCUCAGCAGUGCCAACCAUCACUGAAGUACAAAUCCAACAUGAACCGAAGAGUCGAGUUUUCAUAGUUUCAGAUCUGCAUGAAAACAGGAGCAAUAACAGGAGAAGGCGUCACGACAGAAAGAGAAGGUCGGAUUUCUGAGUCGUGUCCUAAACGCACGAUUAAAAAAACACUCGUACGAGAUGAGUUUUAAAAACGCAGCACAAAUUCGUUAAAAAAGAGUUUCAGACUUUCAGAGCUGUGGUAAAGCUGAAGCCAAAGUCUGUCGCUAAAACCGUCUCAAAUUUAAUAAUUUCACUUUAAGACUCUAAACGCAGCAGAUUCCUGUAUUUGACAAUCAUUAGAAAGCGUCUGAAAGCGUCCUAAAGCCGCGGUUCUUCCAGAUCAGGUUUAGGGGAUCAUUUCAGACAGAUGAGGGACCAGGUCAGACCGUUUUCCAUGAAUCCUUUUUGGACACCCGCUCAAACUGAUGUCAUGAAAUCUGCACUUUUCCCUGUGAGGUCCAGACGAUACAGCCGUCUGUUUCUGCUCGACUUUGAGGACACUCAUUCUCGAACCCUCGCUCUGAUUGGACUUUAACUCAAAGACGGUAUAAUCGGGACAGUUUUAGCGGGACUUUACAGUCCGCUCCACCCGAGGAGUUUGGAUGAUUAAGUGCCUUAAGCUUCAUCUAUAAUUAACCGAACCUUCGAGCUGUCCCGCUGUCGUCAUUGUUUCUGCAGAAUCUCGUGUUCGGAUAUCCCGUUUGCUUCUUGGAGGUUUAAAUGCACAAGUCCAAGUCUCUUUUUUUUUCCCCAGGUUACCGUGACGAUGCAGGACACACGGCGGCGCUCAAAGCACAGAGAUUUAAAAGCCAGUUACCAAAUAUAACCGCAGUUUAAAGAAAAAAGGCCGUCUCAGCCUGUGAAAUUUUUUUUUAUCUGAUAUCAAAAAGAAGAACUAAUCCGUCAGAUAAUGACACAAGAAAAAAAUGAAAUAAAUAUGAGUGCAAAAAAAAAAGAUUUGCACUAAUAUUAAAAGUUUUGUUUCAGCAUCUUAAACAUUUUCCCUCCAAACGUCUCCAGAGAUUUAUGGUUAAAGAAAAACGCUGCAGCUGCAGAUUUCAUCACGUCUGAUUUUGAUGUUUUUAAUCUCUUAAGGUGGACUGGAAAGUUCUCCUUCUGCUCUUGAAUCACCUUUUUUAUUCCAAGACUAUUUAUUCUGUUUAUAAAGGGACGACCAUUGAACCGAACGGAGGCCUCUGAUUGGAUGUUUGUGUCUGUUUCCUCUUCACAUCGCCUCGUUGAAGACGCUGACGGCACAAACUCUCUCCUCUAGGCCUCUGUUGUUUUUGCACUUUCAGCCUUUUUGCUUCACGGCCCUGAACCUUUCUUCACGUUUAGAAACGAGGGCGAUGAUGUUUGUUUUUCUACAUUUGUUGUUUUGUUAAAAACUGACCGAGACACUGAAAUCUGUUCAUCGAUUCUCCUCCAGAUGAAGAACAUCGGCCGUAAACCUUCAGAGAGGUUUGAGUCUGGAGGUUUGACGUCGAUGUUCCUCCUCUGGGUUUGAUUUCUAUCGUGUUUAAAGGGACUCUUGUUUUCUGGAAGUCUGUGGUUCUCUUUGCUGGAAUGUUGGAGCUGGACACGGACGCUUUAAGGUUUAAUUUGGUCCAAACAAAACAACCUUAAAUCAGGAAUAAGGAAGUCAAAGAAGGAAAACUUCUCCGUACUCCUUCUUGGUUUGAUUUUUUCUCUCCGGCUCCAACAUCGGCACCAAAGAAAACUCCGACUCUGCUGUUUGCACUGAGACAUCUUUGUAAACUCUACUAAUUAAAAAAAAAAGAGAAUUUUAGCAAUAAAACGAAGCUCUCUUUAAAGAAGUUAAAAGAAGCACUACAGAAAAAAGACAAUGAUGUUUCCGAGAGCUUCCAAAGUCGUCUUCUCUACAUUAGAGAUUUGUGAUUUUGACUCUAUGCAGCUUUUCUUCUGUUGUCUGACCUUGUGUUUGUGUUUACCUGUAACGUGCCACAGCAUUUAUCCACACCUGAUGAACCUUUAUUUGAUCGAACCAGACUUUGUUUUGUAUCAUGUGACUCUCGCUGUAAAGGGAAUAUUUAACGAGUCUUCCACUCAUAAUUUUGAGUUUUUUUUAUUGACGACACGUGUGUGAAAAACUUUAUUUAUGUCCUUUCAGGUUCAGCUGUUGUUUCUCCAUGUGAUGAUCCAGAUAAAAACAAUGUGAGACAAGGGUUCAAAUAUUUUAUACGUUUAUUUUUUGACAUUUAUUGACACGCUGCAGAGACGACAAGUGCAGUUAGUGACGCUGCCGGAGAGUUCAGAGGGCGUAAGAGGAUGAAAUUAUUUAUAAUGAAUAUUUUGUAAAAGAGAAAAAAGAGCAUAUAUUGUUGAAGCUGCCAGUGUCGGAUUCAUGUCGUUUAUUUUCAUUAAAAAUAUCCAAAUAACUCUUUCUGUCUUUGUUCGGCUUCUUACUUCCACUACCUUCAUGACAUUUUCUAUCAUCCUAAAAUAUGACAUUUUUUUCACUCUAAAAUAUAUUUUAAUCAUACUAUACAAUGACAUUUUUUCAUACUAUACUAUGACAUUUAUUUCAUAAUAAAUAUGAUUUUUUUUCACA